GAGGCGAUUGACACUCGGUGACGAAAAACUGCGGGCCAGCUGUCACGGCGCGCGAAAGAUCAAAUUUUCUAUUCGGUGUGUAAGGUUAGGGAACAGGCGGGAGGAAGAGAAACAGCCCGGCUCAACUCUUUCUAAAUGUGCUUUACAAUUCUAAAGUAGCCUUUGUCACGCAGACAUUUGCUUCUCCACAUCAGUUGUGGCUACUGGUCUCCGCUGGUUUAUUUCACAGAAGAGCGAAAACUAGCCGGCGGACAAAGAUGAGCCUGGCCGUCUCUCAACAGGCUGAAGUUCUCCCGGCUGUGGUCCCAACAGCCCCAGACAGUGAUUCAGACAGCGGGAUGGGCUCUCCAGAGGAGGAGAUGGUGAUGGAGGCAGCCAACAAAAGAGUGGAGCUUCCAGAUUCAGAAGACGAUGAAGACAUCACUGUUCACAGAAAGCCUCAUCGUAAUGCAAUAAGAGACAGUGAGAGUGAGGAAGAGGAGGCCGCUGGUGACAACAGUGUAAACAUGGCCGAAGCGCUGGUCUUAUCUGCUUCCAGCGGAGAGGAGAUGGAGACUGAAGACGCAGAAACCAAGGGUGAGAGGAAAGAGAAGGGGGCGCAGAAGAGCAAGAGAAUAGUCCGUGCUCCCAUUGACAGCGAAGACAGUGAGUCUGAGCAAGAGAAAAGUGGAGAAAUGCAGGAGCAACAACAGGAGGAGGUGAGGAAGAAAGCGAAAUCGAUGAAGGAAUUGAACAAGAGAGAAAAGAGUCAGAGGCACAGGGAGAAAAAGGAAAAGCGCAGCAAGGCGGUGGAAAAACUGAAGAAAAAGGAGAGGUUCUCUGAAAUAAAUCAGAACACACCUCUCCCUCGGGGUCUGAACGAUAGUGGCUGUCAGCUGGGCGACACAGAUCUGUUUGACACAGGGCUAGACGAUGAUGAGGAGGAAGAAUCUCUGGAGGCCAUCAGGGCUGCUGUCAAGCAAAAAAUGAAAAAUCAAAAGGAUCCUCUCCUGGAUGAUGAAGAGGAGGAAGAUGAAGAGGAGGACACAAAGAAGCCUCAGCGUGUGGAGAGGAAAGCCGCACGUGCCAGCAAAGAGGCGAUGAAGCACCUCCACAGUGAGUCCCAGAGGCUGGUCCGAGAGUCUACACUUGGCCUGCCCUAUCACAUCCCUGAGCCCAAGACCAUCGACCAGUUCUUUAAGAAGCGGGCCAGGCCAGAGGGUCCCGCCAUGAGACUGUUAAAAUCUACCAAAUAUUCAGCCAUGAUGUUGGAGACACCAUCAGCUCCUCCUCCUCCCCCCAUCAUCCCAGCCACAGAGCAGGACUCUCCUCCGUCUCUGGAUAUGUCGUCCACUCAGAUCCAGUCCAUUCCUCAUCCUGCCGCCACCUCGUCCCCGCAGCAGGAGAGCCUCAGCCAAGCCAGAGACGCUGCCCCAAGCCUGGAUCCCGACCAGGACUCUGGACCCAUGCUCUACCUCUCUGAGAGUCUGCAUGAGUCGGAGGGAACAGAUGCACAGAGACGUGCCUCUGAUGCUGGAGAAGCGUCACCUGCAGAGCAAAGCCAGAAUGCGGUGAUGUCCGACGCCCCACAGAAAGAGCCUGUAUCUGGGGCUGUGGUGGAGCCUUUGGGUGCUCAGUGUCCUGAACCUGCUGUUAAAGAGCCUUCAGCACAGCAACCCACCAAACCAAAGAAGGACAGAUUCGCCUUUCUGAAGAAGUUCGGACUGAACCCUCCACCCGUCGCUAAAUUAUGUCCAGAUGACGGGGCCUUUGUUCAGCUCGAGCCUCCACAGCUCAACUCUGGCGUUGAGGCACUGAAGAAGCGCUACCUUCGUCACGUCAAAGCACCCGUACGGCCUCAAGGAGAACGAACGAUGCAGCUCAGCAUAGUCCGCAAAGACAGCACCCCCUCUGGACAGGAGGAGCUGCACACCGAGUCAGUCACUGUCACUGUGAAAGAGGGAGCAGAGGAGCCUCCGACCACCAAACCAGGGGUGAAGCUGAUGACUCUGAAGCAGCGCCUGCAGCUCGCCAUGGCCCAGAGGAGACAGGAGGAGAGGGAACGCAAGGCUGAGCUGAAUCGCCUCGACAAUGAGGACUGUGGAGAGGAGGAAGAGGAGGAAGAAGACAUGACGGAUUCUGAGGCAGAGGAGAAUGUAGAUGACUUACUGGGAGGGGAUGAUGGCGAGGAAGAAGAGAAGGAGCAUGAAGACGAUGAAGGCAGCGUGGCCCGGAGUAUUAGAAGUCUGUCUCCUGUGGCACUGAACGGACCAUCGCCGGUUCCUGACAUGAACAGGGACGUCACACUGCUGCUGUUCCCCGGGAACUCCUGCUCUCGCACAGGUGAUGGUGUCAGAAGGUCUGGUCCUUUUGGGCAGAACAGCAACAGCAAUAAGAUGGAGGAUGACGACUCUCUGUCCCUGGUGAAGGACAACAGCCACAACAGCAGCUUUGAGCUGGCUGGCUCCAUGAUCACCUCGUACCAGCCUGUCAGUUAUCAGCGCUCCGCAGGAAAAAGCCUCUCCAACUCCUCCAUUUUCCGCUCCCCCUCUCCAUGCCUCUUCAGGCCCAGCUUCCUUGGCUCUGCCUCUAAGAGUUCAGGCAAACUCUCCGAGCCCUCCCUCUCCCUCCCUGUUGAGGACUCCCUAGACAUGUAUGCACCUCCGUCCCCAGGAGCAGACUCAGGACCCCAUGACAGAGCAGCUUCAGGCCCCGGCCUGGGAGGAGACUCCCAGGGUCGCUUCUCACUGGAGGAGGACACCCACUCGCAGUUACUGGAUGCGGACGGCUUCCUGAACGUCGGGCCGAGGCCUGGUGCACCCCGCUCCCAUAAGAGACAGUUGAUCCUGGACAGCCUGGAUGAAAACGCGAUGGACGCUAACAUGGGGGAGCUGCUGGGCAUGUGCUCAGGAGUCUUUGCAACGGCGAACAGCGGCUCCCGCAGGGCCGAGGGCCUCGGAGCCACACAGGAGGGCGAGCUGCUCCAGAUGUGCUCCGGAGCGUUUCCACCGACACAGGCAGGAGAGGACAAAAAGGGAAGUGACCAGGAUGAAGAGUCUGAUAACACCAUGGAUCAGCUGCUGGGGCUCUGCUCGGGGAAAUUCCCCAGUCAAGGUUCUGCUCACACAGCUUCGCCAGCACAAGACAGUAAAAGGAAGCCAGAUGAAGAAGAGGAGGAGGAAGAGGAGGACUGUGAGUUCCGGCUUCUGUCAGAUGUGGAAAGUCACAGUGAACAGGAGGACGAUGAUGAGGAUGGUGCAGCGGAAAAAGAGGAGGGAGAUGGAGAGGAGGUUGGGGAAGAGGACGAUGAUGUAGAAGAGGAGGAGAUGCAGGGUGUCUUCGCACCACACCGAGUCAAGAAAAAGAAGAAGAUGCAUAUGACCGACUACCUGGAGGCAGAGGCCGAGCUGUCCGGCAGCGACAUGGACAGUGACGAUGAGGACGGCGACGAAGGAAGCGAAUAUGAGGAAGAGGAGCUUCUAGAGGAUCUUCCCUCUGAUGAAGAGCUGCAGGACCAGGUCAACAAGAUCCACAUGAAGCAGAUCAUGGAUGAUGACAAGCGCCAGCUGAGGCUCUACCAGGAGCGUUACCUCGCUGACGGAGACCUGCACUCUGACGGCCCGGGACGAGCUCGCCAAUUCCGCUGGAAAAAUAUGGAUAACGGGUUCAACAUGGACAUGACGGGGGGAGAGGGGGAGGAAGGGGAGCAGGAUGAGGAUGAGGUGGACCCAGCUGAGAUCCAGAGGAGGAAAGACAGGCUGGAGAGAGAACAGUGGCUCAGAGAACAGUCUGAGCAGAAAGCCAAGAAAGAGGAGGACUUGGAUGCAGACGAUGAGAAGAUUGGAGAAGAAGACAGUCAGUUUAUGAAGCUGGCCAAGAAAGUGACUGCCAAGACUCUGCAGAGGAAAGAUCCCACUGCGGCACCACAACCAUCCAAGAAGACGACAUCAGCUCUGAACCCCUUCCAGAGACCCUCGCAGCCCUCACAGGUGAAGAGGGGCUCCCUGCUGAGUCGGCCUCAGUCCGUCCUCCAGAAGUUGGCCUGCAUCUCAGACGGGAAUCCUCUGGCUCCCAGAAACAGUCGAGGAUUCCUGUUCCAGACUCUGUCUCCUGAGAAGGACAAGUCCACCUUGAACGCUCCCAACAAACAGGUGAUGAAGAAGAGGGGGCCGGUGGAAUCGGUGACCCCCGCAGCCAAGAGGCCCUGCAGAGAGAACAGACCUGCAGCACAGACAAAAGGCCCCCAAAGGAGCAUCUUCAGCUACCUGGACCACUGAGGGAGCAACGCUAACUAAGAGCCAUCGGAUAAAGGCCAGAAUAGACCAGCCACAUCCAGUAUUUCACAAGCCAUUAAAGAUCUCAAAAAUGAACAAUGGUUAAAUUAUGGUGACAUGCGAAGCUGCUGGACACCCUCUUAAUGAAACACAUAUAAGAUCCUUGUGUUUCACAUGUUUACAAUGCCUUAAAAUGGCAAACUACAGCACACCACUGAGGCAUCUCUUGAUGUUUUACUUCUCACACACACUUGCAGUCCGGUCCGUGUGUGUUUGAAUUUUAAAUCCGUUAUCAGAAGCAUCCAUCUGUCACACCUAACUUGACUUGAUUUGGACUUUCUGAUGGCGGUCCACUUAAAAUAGUUUUAUCAUGUAAAUAGGAUUGAUUUUUGUUUUUUUUAGGGAGUUUUGUAUCAAUUAAGUGUAUUUGUUUUACAUUGUAAAUAAAAUUGUAUUUUAAGAUA